AUGGAAGUUGCUCCGUUGACGUUGGCCCACACCCAUGCGCGGAGUGCAGUCUUAGAGACUCGUAAAUCGAACCCCGUCGCCGCAAGUGAGGAGCACGAUCUGGCCGCGGGCGAAUUCGCCACUGCAGCCCAAAGUACAUCUGACUUGGAGGCCCUCCGUACUCUACGGCUUCUUGAGCAACAUCACAAGCAGCUCGCCGAACUCCUGAGAUUUCAGCAUGAACAUCCUUCAGGUCAUCCCGAAGGUUCAUCCUCCAAUGCCGCAGUGAGCGCUUCCGAACAAAGUGCCACACCAGAGACGCGAGGCGGCAAAUCUUCAGGGCACGAUGCCUUCAAUCACCUUCCCAGAUUGCCGGGAAACCCUCGUAUACCUGGCCGGGAAUCAUCGUCCAUUGCCAGCAACUUGGCAUCAGCCCGAGGUAUUCCGGCGCAACCUCGGCGUGGAUCGCCUGUGUCCCCCAGCUUGUCUACACAGCAAGCCGGCGCAAGAAUGGCUGAUGGUCCGUCGAAAGGGCGAUCAAGCGAUGUGAAGUCAAGAGAUAUUCGCACGAACCGACAGCCGUGGACACCUCCUUUGCCCAGUCCAACUGAGAUUGUUUCUCAAGAGGUCGUACCCUCGGGCAGAGCUGAGUCAACUGCACUCGCCCCCAAACAGCCAGCUACGGAGGAUUCUUUCCAGCGGUUUUAUUCUACAUUUGAGGGGCUGAUUUCGAGGAUCUCAGCACCACUUGCAUUUGCCGGGCUUCCUUUGGGCUCCGAAGACACUACCAGGGCUGUGGCGUCUAAUCGUAAAGCUCCGGCAGAUACCAAGCUCGACCGUCUUUCCGCCCAUUCGGAUCGAAGCAGCGGUCUCAAAGAGCCUGAUGUGAAUAGACUGUUCUCCCGGGCGGCAUUACGCUCAAUCCACGAUAUGUCUGGUAGUGGCCCUGGCAAGCCUGCUGAAUCUUUCUAUGUGGUCCCCACUACGGGAGGGACCAUGUCAUACGCUGGGAUCCUGACCAGAGCUGAGAAAGAUGCUGGUCGGAAUAGCUUCGAGGAAACAGAAGAAGACUUUGUUGACGCACGAGAAACCCCCUCAUCUCCAGAAUUGCGACAGAGCACCGGAGUAGCCUCGAGGACGCCACGCAGAGGAGGUUCCGACAAACUCGCGCGUCUGCAGAAUUCCAAGACCCUGGAGGAGCUCCAAAUGGAAAAUGCGGCUCUCAAACAGCUCUCUGAUACUCUCUCAAAGCGGCUCCACAUGUGGGAAGUCAAUGCGCAAUCUUCCUCUAUGGCUCUGCAACAGUCUUUAAGGGCGAUGCAUCAUCAUAACGCCGGAUCUCUGGAAUACAACACGCAGCUUUCGCAUGCUCCCAGCUCUCCUACUGCGACUCAGACCACCCCUGCCACAAAUAAGCCAGACGCAGAGCUUCGGGUCAAAGAGCUCGAGGAACGUCUGCGGCGCGGUGAACAAGAGUUCGAUCGGGUUGAGCGAGAAAACGAGAAAUUGAACAAAGUACUCGGGCGAUACCGUGAGCGUUGGGAGAAAUUGAAAGAGGGAGCAAAAUCCCGACGUGCGGAAGUUCGACCGACGGACGGGCAAAGUCACCCGGGCACACCAGUCAUGGGACAUCGAAAAUCCGAUCAUUCAAUUCCAUUGCAGCCGGAGACCUCGUCGUCUGGUACCGCAGUUCCUAACAGACGAUCUUCCGGUGCAGAUCUUGCAAGCACUGAGCCAUCGGAGGCUUGA